CACACCUUAAAAAAUACACAACCUAAAACUCAUACUCCUAUAUAUUAAAUAAGUUCAUUAAUUCAUUUCAUAUGUUUCCUCUGAUAGUUCUUCUAAUUUCUUUCAUUAAAUACCCAGCCAAAUCUUCUUCACAUUUUUUCCCGUUUCUCAUAGGACUUUGGUCCUUCAAGAUCCAAACAUUAUUCGGCCUAGUACAAUGCAUAGCAUACAUUAAACUGCCAAUUGCACUAGCGUUAUCUAAUCUGAUUGACUAACAGAUCUUCCCGAGUUGUUUAACCAAUAUGGAUGCGCCACGUAAUUUGCACUCUUCUUCCCAUUUUGAUUUUCCAAUCAUUGCCAUAGCCAUUAUAGGCAUACUAGCCACUGGUUUCUUGCUAGUCACCUACUACAUUUUUGUCAUCAAAUGCUGCUUGGAUUGGCAAAGAAUUGAUCUUUUGAGACCAUUUUCGUUCUCGCGAAGGGAACGUGUCGAAGACCCUUUAACGGUUCGCUCACCAACACCUGAAAAACGGGGACUGGACGAAUCUGUUAUUCAUUCAAUCCCCGUUUUUCGUUACAAAAAGACUCAAGGGACCAACACUGCAAGUAGUAAUACAUGUGAAUGUGUUGUUUGUUUGAAUGAAUUUCAAGAAGAUGAGAAUCUUAGAGUCAUUCCAAAUUGUGGCCAUUUUUUUCACAUUGAUUGUAUUGACAUUUGGCUUCAAAAUAAUACAAAUUGUCCACUUUGCAGAACUAGCAUCUCAUUACACAUUACAACAAAGUUCCCUUUGGAUCAAAUCAUCACUCCUCAAAGAAGUGACAAUUUUAGAGAUGAAGAUUAUAUUGUGAUAGAUAUAAUUAGAGUUCAAGAGAGAUUAAACUCAGGGGAAUUAUCAACAGGAUAUUUAUCAAGUAGCCCUUCUACUACAAAAAUUGAACCAAAAGUUACAAGAAAGAAAGUCAACAAAUUGAGCCAUGAAUGCAUUGACAUAAGGAACAAGGAUGAACAUUUCACAAUUGAUCAACCUAUUAGGAGAUCUUUCUCAAUGGAUUCGGCUUCGGAUCGACGAAUAUACGAGGAGAUUAUGCAGCAACAGAGGCAAGUGCCUAAUGUUAAAAGAUCAUUUUUUUCAUUUGGACAUGGAAGAGGAUCAAGAAAUGCAGUUUUACCAGUUGACUUAGAGCUAUAGUAGGGGGAAAACUGUUUGUUUUUUGGAAUUUUUUUAUUUUUUUUGAGUUGGUAGUUUUUGUUGGUAUAGAUGUAAAGUAUUUUUUGGAUUUGUUUAGAAAUUAUGGGAAGAUAGUUGUGGAUAUAGAGAAAGAAUGAGCUGAAGGAACAAUUUUACAUA